GUAAAACAAAAUGUAAACAUACGUCCGAUCUAUACCGCAUCCGAUCUGGAAGUAUUGUGUAAUUCUCCUUGAAGUCACUUUCUUUUUUAAUGCAACGGAUUUCGAAAUCGUGUACUCGAUUAGAACGGUAUGUACGUAAAAUAGCCAACCGAGGUGGUUUGUGACACAUGACGCAAUAUGUCUUGUCUAUCAGAUGUUACAAGUAUUCAUGGUGAUCAAAUCGUAGACAUUUAUGAUGUGCCUAUGGAAGACAUCAUUCGACCCUUUCCUCCUGAUCUUAACAACAGCAAAGUUGACAGUCUGGUUGAAACACUUAAGGAUGCCACAAGAAAAAAUGAAGUUCCCCCAAUUGAUAUCCUUUGGAUAAAAGGCAGCAACGGAGGGAAUUAUUAUUACUCAUUUGGAGGUUGUCACCGUUAUGCUGCCCACAAGAAACUUGGAAUGAAAACAAUUCGAGCAAAGCUUAUAACCUCCAACAUUAAUGACCUUAAAGUUUACUUAGGUAGUUCUACACCAAACUUAAAGUAAAUGUUGAAACACCCUAGGAUAAAUCCCUGAUCAUGGGUCACUUUCAGUCUUUAACAGAGAGUUCUAGGGAAUCUGGUAACAUGUAAGAAUGCCAUCAGAACUCAAACCUAAUAGUAAUAGAGAGCAAUAAGAGUAAUAGAUAUAUAUUAAUAUAAUGCUAGAAGAAAGGAGAUAUCUUUUGAUAUUUUCUGUAGUUUUUGCUUUUUCAAACGACGCGACUGUAGCAAAGCGAGUGUUGGUUUUCUUUAUAUUUAAAUAAAGUAGCGUGUUUUGUUUUUUUGUAUUGAAGACAUUCAACAUUUAUCUAAUUUAAUAAAUACAUUGAUAGUCGAUGA